GCUGCUGGGAUGGUCUCCCCAGCCAUUGCUCUUGCCUUCAUCCCCUUCCUGGUCACCUUGAUCAUCCGCUAUCGGCACUACUUCCUGCUGUUCUACCGGGCGGUGCUGGUGCGCCGACUGCAGGACUGCCUGACGGGCCUCUCCCGGGAGGAGCGGGCCUUCCGGUAUGUCCUCACGCACGCCAUCCCCGGCGACCCCCAGCACAUUCUCGAGACCUUCGACCAGUGGUGCUACCACUGCGAGUACCUCAGCAACGUGGGGCCCCACAAAGGAAAGAUCCUGGACCGUCUGAUCUAUGAGAACACGCCACUCACCGUGCUGGAGCUGGGCACCUAUUGUGGUUAUGCCACCAUCCUCAUGGCCCAGUCUCUGCCCCUGGGUGCCCGGCUCUACACUGUGGAGAUGGAUCCACGCAACGCUGCCGUGGCGGAGAAGGUCAUCCGCCUGGCGGGCUUCGACGAGGACACUGUGGAGCUGAUCGUGGGCGCCUCAGAGGAAGUGAUCCCGCAGCUGAAGGAGAAGUACGGCCUGCUCAAAGCCGACUUUGUCUUCAUGGACCACUGGAAGCGCUGCUACCUGCGGGACCUCCAGCUUCUGGAGGCCCACGGCCUGCUGCUCGAGGGAGCCACCAUCCUGGCUGACAACGUCAUCUUCCCCGGGGCACCCCACUUCCUGCAGUACGUCAAGACCUGUGGCAAGUACCAGUGCAAGAUGCAUAGGACCAGCCUGGAGUACUUCCGGGCCAUCCCCGACGGCAUGGCUGAGCUCACCUACACCGGCCUGGCUUGAGCUCCUGCAGAUGAGGCGAGGCUGCCUCUGCGUGGCCAGGCAGAGAUGCAAAACCCUGUGGCUAAGUCCAUGUGUUCAGCUUCGCCAUGCUGAGCCAGCUGUGCACGUGGGCCCGUCUCUGCUCUGUCUGUAUGUGGACAGCCAGGAGUCAGACUGUGCUCUCAUCUCCACUGGAGUAAAUCCAGAGUGACUCCAGUGGAGUACUCUGCAUUUACACCAGCAGGUCCAUGCAAGCUACCCACACGCAGCACUGUUUGUGAAUGAAGGCGAUUCUCCCUCCCUGGCCACAUGCCCUGUAUGAAUGAGCACCCACUAAUGCACGCCAGUGCACAUCCCACUCCGAGGUUUUGUCUGCUCCCAGUUGCUCCCCAUCUUACUGCUCCAGCACUGCUCCUGUCUUCAGGCCUUUUUCUACACCCGGGCCCCCUGGCCUAGCUCCAUCCCAUCCUUUUAAAUCCCUCCCCAAACUUUCCCAUGCUUGAGGUUUAAAGGGUGAGUAGAGAGCAGCCCAGCCCUUCCUCUGGGCUUCCUGGUGUCUCCUAGGGCAGGGCCUGUCUCUUUCCUGGGUUUCUAUGCAGCGCUGGGCCCACCCUCUGCACACGGCAACACAGCCUGCAGCAGGCAUCUGCACUAGGAAACAACCCCCUUUCCCCAUCUGCGCCAAGCUCUCUGCUCAGCCUCCUGCAGGCUGGCUACGAUGAGCACCAUUCACGUAGGGGCAAUGUGGGUUACCCAGGGCCAUUGGAACCCUUUGACUCAGCUGGGAUUUGGAGAGAGGCCUGAGCAGCAUGGACUAGUGACUCUACCCAGGCGAACCAGCCAGUCAGCUGGCUUCCCUGAGCAGGCUGGAGAACAUACCAGCCAAGGGUGGCAGGACACCGGGGCUCUGUUCCUGGCUCACUGGGCUAGUCAUUUCAUUGCUCUGUGCUACAAGUUUCCUCAACCCCGUUGACAAACACUCCAGGGAUACAUCUCUCUCAGCCUUUGAAAGUCAGGACACCCUCCAGACAGGAUAUUUCAAUACAUCACAAAAGAUUACAUGACAGUCUGUAACCUUAACUCUGACCACAUGCAAUGGCAAUACAAGGCAGUGUUUAGCAUGAAAUAUGAUGCCAGCCGAGGUACCCCCGCCCCCUCCCCCUGGCCAACUCCCCCCCACC